AUGAAUUCAAAUCCUAAGAUGAAAUAUGAUGUGUUCUUAAGUUUCAGGAACAAAGACACUCGUGACAAUUUCAUAAGCCAUCUAUGCGGCUGUCUACGUAGGAAACGGAUCAAAACCUACUUAUACGACGAGCUGCCAAGCGAAGAUAGAUACGAAGAGACGUUAAAAGCAAUAGAAGUGUCGAGAGUUUCAGUGAUUGUGUUCUCGGAAAACUUUGGUGAUUCGAAAUUCUGUUUAGAUGAAGUUGUUGCCAUCUUGAAAUGCAAAGAGGAGUUCGGUCAGAUUGUGAUACCUGUCCUUUACCAUGUUGAUCCUGUUGACAUCGAAAAUCAGACAGGAAGCUUUGGAGAAGGCUUUGCUAAGCGCCGGGAUAAAAAUGAGCAGCUUAAAGAAUGGAAAGAUGGUUUUACAGAAGCCAUUAAUCUCCCUGGAUGGAGUACUUCCCACUUUAGGGAUGAGGAGAUGUUGGUGAAUUCAAUAGCUCUUGACAUCGAAAGCAAACUUCUAAGAGCGUCAAGAACAAAGGUCAUAAUUGAAUGGUCUCUAGUCAUCACCAACCUCAUGUUGGAAAUACCUUCCUGUGUGCUGGAUCAGAUCUCUUCUACUAAUAAACCUUUGUAUACAUUGGCUGCAAUGUCAAUGUCAUUAUUAUCAUGUCUACUCUGCCUCGUAGAUCUCUUACACAAAGGCCGAGUUGAGAGAGUUGUGUGGAAGUGGAGUUGGCCCAUUCCUUGGUUUCACUAUCCAACACAGAGACCAAACAGAUUUGGUAGCUUUCCAGAUAUGGUUGGAUUGGUUUGCGCCUUGUGUCAAACCUUUCUCACAGCCAUUAACUAUUCAUUCAUCACACAUACAGAUGAUUCACCCAUCAAGUUCUCUGUUUGGCCAAUUUUGUUUGCUCUUGGUUUACUUUGCGCUUUGUUUAUCAAAAGAUCUAGCUAG